UGUAUUACAUAUACGUGUCCACAGUUUCUUUCUAGUUGGUUCACCUACUUACACUAAUCAUACAUCUGGCAUGUACAUCCAUUCACAAACUGCCCUUGCUAUUGUUUGAAAUAUUUUCAGCCUGUGAGUUUCCUUUAAGUUACAUCAUUUAAACAUCCUGUUUUCAUUAGUUCUUAUCCCUAAUUAUGUAUGUCAACAUCAAUACCAACAUUCCCAGCAUGUAGCUCACAGACAGCUCAUGUAUUAUGAUCCAUUUGGAAACUCUCUUCAGCCAACAAACAUACAUAAAGUCAGACGGUUCUAAAUCCAUCAUUCAAGCACUUAUUGGUUGCACACAGGAUCUCUAGGCUUGUCAGGGUUUCCAGCCUUCUAGAUGUAAUUAGUGCCUGGAUACUCCUGGUAUUAUAAAAGACAUCCAUAAAAAGAUAUCUAUACAAAGUGGUCAGGAUGAAAAAGAACAUAUAUUUGUAAAAAUGUGGACAUACAAUAACCAUACAGAAAACUGUGCGCAAGUUAGGUUAGGAACUUACAGUGCAGUGACUCCCUUCUAGAAGUUCAUUACAUUUCGAAACUGCAGCCCCCAACAGAAGUUUAUUUCAUUUCCAAACUGCAGAAUCUUCACAAUCUUUCCCUAUACAAAAUUUUUGUCAGCAGCUAUAUGUAAUAUGAAAUUAUCUUCCUGCUUUAUUCAGUCACAACACCCCCUUGUACGCAAGACCUUCAUAUAAGAUACCCUAUGCUAUGUACCUAGCAAGUAAUCAGCUGAAUAGAAAGAUUCAGUCCCAUCUGCAAAAGAUAUGUAGUACUCAUUUGCUCCACUAUCCAGAUAGUGGAACAGCAGAACUUACUACAAUCACAGUAAAAAACACUUCCUUGUGAUCUGUCAGUUUCAGGUAACUUAAGAAUUUAUCUUAGCUUGGCAACGCAGCAAAUAAAAUAUCACCUGCUUCCCAAAUAAUGGAGAAAUCAUACUUUUCACUAUCAGUGGUGAAUGUCUUUUAAAAUUUAAUGGAUGAACCUUUAACAUAGUCCAAAAAUGUCUUUGUAAGACAUUGAUGGGCAAUCCCCAGUCAGGUCUCAAUUCACACCCUAGUCUACUGGGUAGUAACAUUCCCAUAUGUUGACCAGACUACAGUGGCCACAAAAUAUUACUCAGUGGCAGUAAGUCACUGUUUCCUCUAUGCUGCCUUGCUAUUUCUCAAAUAAGAAAUCAACAGCAGAGACUAUAUGGUACAUUUCUUUCGUGGAGUCAACAGCAAAACUAUAUGAAACAUUUCUUGGCACACCAGGAAACACUGCUGAGAGACUUCCUGCCACUUUGUAGUGACUGCUGUAGCCACAGAAUAACUGCAAGAAAUGAGCUACACAAAUGGAAGACCUUCAUCCUGUAAAAGUUACUGGUGUGCAGCCCAAUUGCACCAUUUUGGUUAGCAAGGUGAACUUUUGAGAUUCCUAAUGCCCAAAACUGCCUGCCUUUUUUGUGGGGUUUUUUUGUUUGUUUGUUUUUGUUUGUUUGGGUUUUUUUUUAAUUCCUAUUUAACACAGGAAUGUGUAUGAAAGAAUCUGCAGAGUUCUGUGCAGGAGUCAAGCUUGGCUACAUUUACCAUGUUUUUUUGCUGCAGCAAUUUUCUUCUCCUUUACAGAAAGGAUUAGUCUGCAACUAAACAACACAAAACUUUUACCUUGGGGAAUGGAAAACACAUCUCCAAUGGAACCAAGGGUUUAAAGUUCAUUAUCAGAAUAACUCAUGAUGACACUUUCCAAUUUUUCUACAAAAAUGCAAAAUAGUACUUUAGUACUCAUUCAAUGGGUAUGUGUAACCUAUAAAACCAUAUAAGUCUUUCCAAGCCUAGAUAAGAGUACAUUUCCAUUCUAACAGUUUACAAUAUAGGCAAAACAUCAACAAUAAAGAUCAAAAUUCAUUCCUUUCAGAAGCACAACAUCAAACUUACAGAACAGGCUAAGAAUACAGUAUGGUGGAUUUUCACAUUCAAGAUUUUGAUAGCACAUUCUGCUGAAAGCCUGUGAAAAACUAUUUUCUGCUGAGACUGAAAUUGUUUUGUAGCAGUACUAGAGAUGCAGAAUCUUUGCUUCAUAGAAGUGUGGUCUGCAUCACACCCUUUCCAUACAGAAAUUAAGCUGGCCCUGCCACACUCUCCUAUUCUGUAGAGCGAUGCCAUGUGCAGGACAUUAUGGUGCUGGCUGAUGGAAAGUCAUGGAAUAUGCUGAGCUGGAAGGGACCCAUCAGGAUCAUUGAAGUCCAACUCAUAGCUCUGAACAGGAUAGUCCCAUGAAUCACACCACGUGCCUGAAAGCAUUGUUCAAAUGCCUCUUGAACACUGUCAGGCUGGUGCUGUGACCACUUCCCUGGGGGGCCUGUUCCAGUGCCCAACCACCCUCUGUGUGAAGAACAUUUCCUUGUAAUAAUGUGAACUUCUCAUAACUCAGCUGCAUACUGUUACCUCAAAUCUUGUCACUAGUUACUCGAGUGAAGAGAUAGGGACCUUCCCCUCUGUUUCCCCUCACCAGGAUGUUGAAAAACACAAUGACGUCUCCCCUCAGUCUCCUCCAAGACUUGGACCGACCAAGUGACCUCAGCCGGUUAUCAUACAUCUUCUCACCCAGACCCUUCACCAUCCUCGUGGCUCUCCUUUGGACGCUAAUAGUCAAUGGGUUUUAUGUGGGAAAAUCCCUCAGACAAGCAUGAAAGACGCCCUCACUCCUCACGGUCUCUCGGGCCCCUCCCCUGGCCGCGCUCCCCCCGGGGGGCCGCAGGGCGGGCGGUACCUCGGGCGGGACUGAGGCUCCAGAGCCCGCCCUGACCGCCCCGUGGCGCCGGAGGCGGAGUCGGGCUGCGCUGUCAGGGGAGCGGGCGGGCUGAGGCAGGUGCCCCACUAUGGGCAGAGCCAUGGGGCUGGCUGGGCUGCUGCUGGGGCUCGUCGUGGUUCCCGCCGUGCUGGUGAGCACCAGCCUGCGCCACGGCGUCUCGCGGAACGAGGCCGAGCUGGAGCCGUCCGGCUGGGAGCUGGCGGCAGACGCCGUCCCCGAGGACUCGCUGUGGCCGCUGCCGCAGUGGGUCCGCACGUAUCCUCGCCAGCUACAGUUAGCGCCCAGCCGCUUCCAGCUGGUGCAUGGCGCCGGCUCCUCGGCGGGACCGAGCUGCGGGCUGCUGCAGGACGCCUUCCGUAGGUACUAUGAGUACAUAUUCGGGCAUUCCCGGCGGCGGACGUGGGGCCGCAGGCCGCUGGCUGCCCGAGCGGAGCCCGAGCUGUUCCAGCUGCAGGUGGUGAUCGAGGCGGGGGACCCUGGCUGUGACAGGCACCCGCAGCUCGCCUCCAGCGAGGCCUAUCAUUUAACUGUAACUGAACCUGUGGCUAUACUGAAAGCUCCUGAGGUAUGGGGUGCUUUAAGAGGUUUGGAAACCUUCAGCCAGUUGGUUCAUGAAGAUGACUAUGGAAGUUUUCUUGUCAAUGAAUCUGAAAUCAAUGACUUCCCAAGAUUUGCUCAUAGAGGAGUCCUAUUAGAUACUUCAAGGCAUUAUUUACCAUUGAAAUCUAUUCUUACAAACCUGGAUGCCAUGGCUUUUAAUAAGUUCAAUGUUCUCCACUGGCAUAUAGUAGAUGAUCAGUCCUUCCCUUACCAGAGCAUUUAUUUCCCUGAAUUAAGUGAUAAGGGGGCCUACUCUUCUAAUCUCAUCUAUACUCCUACUGAUGUCCGUCUGGUGAUUGAGUAUGCCCGGUUAAGAGGCAUCAGAGUUAUCCCGGAGUUUGAUACACCAGGACACACACAGUCUUGGGGAAAAGGUCAAAAAGAUCUUCUCACUCCUUGUUACAAUGGAGGACAGCCAACUGGGUCCUUUGGACCUGUAAAUCCUGUUUGGAAUACAACUUACGACUUCAUGACUAAGUUCUUUAAGGAGAUCAGCAGUGUAUUUCCAGAUGAAUUCAUUCAUUUGGGAGGAGAUGAAGUGGACUUCAGUUGUUGGAAAUCUAACCCUGAGGUGAAAGAGUUCAUGAAGAAGCAAGGUUUUGGCAUUGACUAUGCUAAACUGGAAUCUUACUAUGUUCAGAACAUUUUGGACAUUGUUUCCUCCUACAAAAAAGGACAAAUGGUCUGGCAAGAAGUCUUUGAUCACAAAGCACAACUGAAACCGGACACCGUAGUUCAAGUGUGGAUGGCAAAUAACUACGCUCGUGAACUGAGUAAGGUCACAGGAGCUGGGUUCACUGCUGUUCUGUCAGCACCGUGGUACUUAGACUACAUUAGUUAUGGGCAAGACUGGAAGAAAUACUACAGUGUUGAACCACUUAACUUCCCUGGAUCCGAAGAACAGAAGAAACUUUUAAUAGGUGGAGAAGCUUGCCUGUGGGGAGAAUUCGUGGAUGCAACUAACCUGACACCAAGAUUGUGGCCUCGAGCAAGUGCUGUUGGGGAAAGACUCUGGAGCAGCAGCAAUGUGACCAACUUGCAGGAUGCCUACUAUAGGCUAACUAAUCACCGAUGCCGCAUGCUCCGCCGUGGCAUAGCGGCCGAACCGGUGUUUGUUGGAUACUGUGCCCACGAAGCAAGAGGGCCAUAACUGCUGCAAAGACUUCUUGUCAACAGCCUGAAGUGCCUCUGGGGAUAUGUAUGUGUGGUUUCAUAUCUGAAUCAAGAUUUCACAUUUUCACUUUUAAAAUAAAAUUAUUUGACAGCCUU